AUGAUAUUGCGGCCCAUUUUCCGUCGUCCACGACUUAUCUUCCCCACGAAGACCAUGAGCUCGAAAGCUGCGAUCCACUUCGGUCCGUAUGAGGUAUCCAACGAGGUCUUCUAUAAGACUCCACUGUGCUACGCCCUGGUCAAUAUCAAGCCGAUCCUUCCGGGUCAUGUGCUCGUUAUCCCAUUCCGUCAAGUCCAAUACCUGAGCGAGCUUAACCCCGACGAAGUCACAGACGUCUUCAUGACAGUUCAGAAGGUCCAAAAGAUGCUUUCCAAGACGUACUCAACUGCUGAUGCAAAUGUUGCCAUUCAAAACGGAGUCGAAUCGGGGCAGACAGUGCCACACUUUCAUUGCCACAUUAUACCCAGGUCGAAGCCAAACACGGAAGGUGAUGGUUUCUACAACAGGCUUCAGGGAGAAGAGGGUAAUAUUGGAGGGGCCUUUUGGGACAAGAGUCGUCCUAAGCCUGUCGGCAAGUUUCCUCAACUUAAGGAUGAGGAUAGACAUCCUCGUACUAAGGAAGAAAUGAAGAAAGAAGCAGAUUUCUUCAGAGAGCAGAUGGCGAUGUUAGACUAG